CUCCCUCUCGGUUCUCGCUCGGCCGCCGCCACCCGCGGCUCCUCCCGCCGCCACCAUGUACGACGCGGACGAAGAUAUGCAAUAUGACGAAGACGAUGAUGAAAUCACCCCCGAUCUGUGGCAAGAAGCCUGCUGGAUUGUUAUUAGCUCCUAUUUUGAUGAAAAGGGUUUAGUCAGGCAACAGUUGGAUUCCUUUGAUGAGUUUAUUCAGAUGUCUGUGCAGAGAAUUGUUGAAGAUGCUCCACCAAUUGAUUUACAAGCUGAAGCCCAGCAUGCCUCAGGAGAAGUGGAAGAGCCACCUCGGUAUCUGUUGAAGUUUGAACAAAUCUAUCUCUCCAAACCUACGCAUUGGGAAAGAGAUGGAGCACCCUCACCUAUGAUGCCAAAUGAAGCCAGACUGAGAAACCUGACGUAUUCUGCCCCCUUGUAUGUGGAUAUAACUAAAACAGUUAUUAAAGAAGGGGAGGACCAGUUGCAGACCCAGCAUCAGAAAACCUUUAUAGGAAAAAUUCCUAUCAUGUUGCGUUCCACAUACUGUUUGCUGAAUGGCUUAACUGACCGUGAUCUUUGUGAGCUGAACGAGUGUCCACUUGAUCCUGGUGGCUACUUCAUCAUUAAUGGAUCAGAAAAGGUUCUGAUUGCCCAGGAGAAAAUGGCUACGAACACAGUGUAUGUGUUUGCAAAGAAAGAUUCAAAAUAUGCCUACACAGGAGAGUGUAGAUCUUGUCUGGAAAAUUCCUCUCGACCAACUAGUACUAUAUGGGUCAGCAUGCUGGCCAGAGGUGGACAGGGUGCAAAGAAGAGUGCCAUUGGUCAGCGCAUAGUAGCGACUCUGCCUUAUAUCAAACAGGAGGUCCCCAUCAUCAUUGUCUUCCGUGCACUCGGCUUUGUGUCUGACAGGGACAUUCUAGAGCACAUCAUAUAUGAUUUUGAAGACCCAGAAAUGAUGGAAAUGGUCAAACCUUCUUUGGAUGAAGCCUUUGUCAUUCAGGAGCAAAAUGUUGCCCUAAACUUCAUUGGCUCAAGAGGUGCCAAGCCAGGUGUCACCAAAGAAAAGAGAAUCAAGUAUGCCAAAGAAGUCUUGCAGAAGGAAAUGCUCCCUCACGUUGGUGUCAGUGACUUCUGUGAAACUAAAAAGGCCUAUUUUCUAGGGUAUAUGGUUCAUAGACUGUUGCUGGCAGCACUGGGAAGAAGAGAGCUGGAUGACAGAGAUCAUUAUGGCAACAAAAGACUGGAUCUUGCUGGGCCACUCUUGGCUUUCCUGUUCAGAGGAAUGUUCAAGAAUUUGCUGAAGGAAGUGAGAAUAUAUGCACAAAAGUUCAUUGACAGAGGGAAAGAUUUCAACUUGGAGUUGGCAAUUAAAACAAGAAUUAUUUCAGAUGGUUUGAAAUAUUCAUUGGCAACUGGAAACUGGGGUGACCAGAAGAAAGCUCAUCAGGCCAGAGCAGGAGUAUCUCAGGUGUUGAACCGCCUGACUUUUGCAUCCACUCUCUCCCACCUGAGGCGCCUGAAUUCUCCGAUUGGGAGAGACGGAAAACUGGCCAAGCCGCGGCAGCUGCACAACACCCUGUGGGGAAUGGUUUGCCCUGCUGAGACCCCUGAGGGUCAUGCAGUAGGACUUGUGAAGAACUUAGCCCUGAUGGCUUACAUUUCUGUGGGGUCUCAGCCAUCCCCAAUUCUGGAAUUCUUGGAAGAGUGGAGUAUGGAAAACCUGGAAGAAAUAUCUCCAGCAGCAAUAGCUGAUUUUUUAUCCUAGAUGGACAUCAUUGUGUCAGAGGUCUCAAUGAUUAGAGAUAUUCGCGAGCGAGAAAUCCGCAUCUACACUGAUGCAGGCAGAAUUUGUCGGCCCCUUUUAAUUGUAGAGAAACAGAAGUUGCUGCUGAAGAAAAGGCACAUUGACCAACUGAAGGAACGAGAGUAUAACAAUUACAGUUGGCAGGAUCUUGUGGCCAGUGGUGUAGUAGAGUACAUUGACACCCUGGAAGAAGAGACCGUGAUGCUGGCAAUGACUCCAGAUGACUUGCAAGAGAAAGGUGUGGCAUAUUGUUCAACAUACACACACUGUGAGAUUCACCCAUCCAUGAUCCUGGGAGUGUGUGCAUCUAUUAUCCCUUUCCCUGAUCACAACCAGUCUCCCAGGAACACAUACCAGUCUGCUAUGGGUAAGCAGGCUAUGGGAGUCUACAUCACCAACUUCCAUGUCCGUAUGGAUACGCUGGCACACGUGUUGUAUUAUCCCCAGAAGCCCCUGGUAACAACGCGCUCCAUGGAGUACUUGAGGUUCAGAGAGUUACCAGCAGGUAUCAACUCGAUUGUAGCCAUUGCAUCAUACACAGGCUAUAACCAGGAAGACUCUGUCAUUAUGAACCGUUCUGCUGUUGACAGAGGCUUUUUCAGGUCUGUGUUCUACCGCUCAUACAAAGAGCAGGAGUCUAAGAAAGGGUAUGACCAAGAGGAAGUUUUUGAAAAGCCUACACGUGAAACUUGCCAAGGUAUGAGACACGCAAUCUAUGACAAACUUGAUGAUGAUGGUUUGAUAGCCCCUGGGGUACGUGUGUCUGGGGAUGAUGUCAUCAUUGGCAAAACAGUCACACUGCCAGAAAAUGAAGAUGAGCUGGAAAGCACCAACAGACGCUUCACCAAGAGAGACUGCAGCACCUUCCUGCGGACCAGUGAGACUGGGAUUGUAGAUCAGGUCAUGGUAACCCUGAACCAGGAAGGAUACAAAUUCUGCAAGAUCAGGGUGCGUUCUGUAAGAAUUCCACAAAUUGGAGAUAAAUUCGCUAGCAGACACGGUCAGAAAGGAACCUGUGGUAUCCAGUACAGGCAAGAGGAUAUGCCCUUCACGUGUGAAGGCAUCACACCUGAUAUCAUUAUCAACCCCCACGCCAUCCCUUCCCGCAUGACCAUUGGUCACUUGAUUGAGUGUCUUCAGGGCAAGGUGUCUGCAAACAAGGGAGAGAUUGGUGAUGCUACACCUUUUAAUGAUGCUGUCAACGUGCAAAAGAUUUCGAACCUUCUGUCAGAUUAUGGCUACCAUCUAAGAGGAAAUGAGGUCCUCUACAAUGGCUUCACUGGUCGAAAAAUCACCUCCCAGAUCUUCAUUGGUCCUACCUAUUACCAGCGCUUGAAGCACAUGGUGGAUGACAAAAUCCAUUCCCGUGCACGAGGGCCAAUCCAGAUCCUUAACAGACAGCCCAUGGAAGGCAGAUCUCGUGAUGGUGGCCUUCGCUUUGGAGAAAUGGAACGAGAUUGCCAGAUUGCUCAUGGAGCAGCCCAGUUCUUGAGAGAAAGAUUGUUUGAAGCUUCAGACCCAUACCAGGUCCAUGUGUGUAACCUCUGUGGAAUCAUGGCAAUUGCAAACACGAGGACUCACACCUACGAAUGCCGCGGAUGCCGUAAUAAAACUCAGAUAUCUUUGGUUCGAAUGCCCUACGCCUGCAAACUCCUCUUCCAAGAACUGAUGUCUAUGAGUAUUGCACCUCGUAUGAUGAGUGUUUAGCCUUAAAAGGGCUUUUUUUAAAAAUUUUGAGACUCAAGUGCUCAGGUUUUGUUUCAUUUUGUAUACGUUGCUUUCAAAAUUAGUUUUACUCAUCUGCUGUGUGCUGUUCAAAAGUAUGUUUAUUUCCUGUAAAUAGAAUUAAAAUUUGUAAUUGAA